AAUACUACGAUCUAAGGUUUUCGAUAUUAUCGUAAAAAAAUACUAAUACUAAUACUAAUACUAAAUAGUCAUAAAAAAUUAAAAGUUUAGAAAUAAUAUUAAUAAAAUUAUUAAAAUCAUAAUAGUAGACAGUAGUUACUGCUUUUGUUCUUAUCCGGUGUGACUGCUGUCGCCACUGUGUCAUUUUUUUGUUUUCUUUAAUUCUUACAUUCUCAGUUCUCAGUUUCUCACUUUCUCAAUGUGAGACUGUAACAAUAAUAUUUGUUUAUAUUAUUAUAAAAACGACAGUAUUCGCGACGCGAACAACUACAACUUAUUGAAGACGGAAUUACAGAAAAAUUCUGACUUGUGAUUUCGUCUAUCACGGAAUUUCAUGCUACUUUUCACCAAUUCGUUCAGUCUACCAAUCUACAACGAUGACGACGAUGGACGUGACCUCUGCCCUUAAGUUCGUACCAAUCAUGUCCAAAAUAUUCACCACUGAUCGAUGGUUAGGUGAAGUUAAUAUGAGGAAUGGCGUGAUUGAUAACUGCUGCUGAUGAUUGACAAACACCUGGUCUUUGUGUGUGUGUAUGCUAGAAGCGGCAAAUGGUUGUCAUGAAAAAGUUGCAUAACAGUCGUGGAGCUGAGCCUACUACGGAAGCCAGCGAAUCAGUCAAAAAACUGUACAAGAGUAUAAAUGAAGUAUCUCAUUUUUUGGAUGAUCAACGUGGCCGGUCUUUGACUUGCAAAGAUCUUUUUACUGUUGCUGUAGAUACACAGCGUGUGAAAUUAAAAAACUAUUGUGAAAGAAUGAUGCUUGCAGAUCCAUUAUGUUAUGGUCGAAAAGCUGAAGAUAUCAUGUGGCGUAAAACUUAUCAUGAUGUUUAUUCUACGGCUAAAAUUUUACGCAAAAAUAAUGAUUGGAAUCAUGUGGAAUUGGCACUAAUAGAAAAUCAUUUUCAGUCAGGCAUUGGCAGUUAUUAUCAUUUAUUAUUCAAAUUUCAAGCAGAAAUUAAAUUCAAUAGACCUGAAUUAUUUGAUUUUUAUCUACUAAUAAAUGACGAUACAGAUAAUAAUGUCAAAAAGGAUCAUAUCACACUAUUGAAAAAGAAUGAUAAUAGCAACAAAGAAGAAACUGCUAUAAAACAAUUAGUUUACCGUUGUUUGAUAUGUUUGGGAGAUUUGUCACGAUAUAUGUAUGAACUAAACAAACUAGAUUUAUAUUAUUCAACAGCUUGUCGAUAUUACAAACAAGCAUUAAACUAUAAACCAGCUAAUGGACUCCCACAUAAUCAAAUUGGACGAUUGGCAUUAUCUAAUAAUAAACAUUUAGAUGCUGUUUACCAUUAUGUCCGAUGUGUAUUUAGCAUUGAACCAUUUGAAGGAGGAGAAAAAAACUUAAUAUUAUCAUUGCAACAACAAUCAGAACCAGUUGGCAAUGUAUUUUUAGAAAAACUGUUCUCUGUUUUUAAUUUAUGGUAUACUGGAAAAGAUGAUGGACAAGAAUUAGAUAAAAUAUAUUCUAGCAUCAUAAGCAUUCUGCAGAAUUUUGAAGAUUUUAAGAACAAAAUUAAUGGAGCUGAUAAAAAAAAAGAAAUUAAUAAAGAAGAUACCAUAACACCUUCGGUGAAAGAUACUGUACAAUUUUUUUCAAAUAAUGAAAAUAUAUUCAAAAUUGUUGUUAUUAUAAUAGCAUUCUUAAACAAAUUACAUAAAGAAGAUUCUAAGUACAUCCCAAAAGCAGAGUUGUUCUUUUUAACAUUUAUGGAACACUUAAUUAGCCAAAGUGUAACAUACUGUGUAAAAACCUUGCCACUAUUAGUUAAUCCUAAUAUAGAUCACACAAAAUUAAACCGUAGACGUCGUAGGCGUGGUUUUAGACAACAUUCUUCUCCAGAUUCUCAAGAAUGGAGUGGAGAUGAAGCAGAAAGUAUAAUAAGUCCUGACGACGAAUCAGAUAACGAAAGUGAAGAAGAGAUGUUAAUAUUUGAUAUGAAAAGACCGAAUGAUGAUAAAUCAAAAAAUGAAUCAGAUGGGUCAAAUGAUAGUGGUACAUCGUCAUUUGGUUGUGAAAAUAAAAAUAAUCCAAAAUAUCGGUAUUCAAACAUACCAUUUAUUGAGACCAUCAAGAUAUAUUUUGAUUGGAUUCAAUCAAAUAUAGAUUCCAUAAAUCGUGAAGCAUCAGUUGAGUUCUUUAAUAAUACAGUUACACUUUUAAAUUACUUGUCGCAAGCUAAUAUUGAAGACACAUUCUUAGACAUUGACAUAAAUCAGUUGAUGUUACCAGAAGAAGUACAUUUACGUGGUAUGACUGUUUUUUCUAAGUCUAAGAAGUAUUGUGGAGAAUAUGAUCGCAAUAUUUGUACUAAAAAUGAGGGAACAAUUCGAUUAUUACAUAUGUUACAUUGUGCAGAAGAAAUAGCAUCCAACAAUAUAUUAUUCACUUAUGACAAAAUCAAGAAAUGGUUUUCAAUAUGUGAUACUUUAAAACAAACCGACGAAAAAUCAUUAAAGGACGCAAAACGAGACAAACAACACGUGAUGGGCCAACUAUGGCUCCGGUCGGAAGUUGACAAUCUGGAGUAUAAGAUUAAAUACUCUUCGAGAAAAAAGUCGUUGCCCACGUGCAUCGUGAUCGAUACAGAUGCGUUGAUUAAUUAUUCGUUGAUUAUCAAGAAACUCGUCAACAGCACUAAGUUUAUUGUAGUAGUGCCUGCAAUCGUAAUAUCGGCACUAGACGAGCAAAAAAAACUGAGUAAAGAAGUCAGGCUAACUAUACGUUGGUUAGAAUUUCAGUUGCAAGAGGGAAAUUGUAACUUAAAAUCCCAAGGGAUUCAUGAAACACUACCAAUUAAACUAGACGGUCCACCAAAAUUGAACAAAGAGAUUUGUAAUUUCAAACAUAUUUUGGAAUGCUGCAAUUAUUUUAAAGGAGAAUAUGGUGAAAACACCGGUAUUGUUACGUUACUUACAGGGUCUGACGAUCUAUUGGAAUCAUCGGAGCUCAUGGAAAUGGCUAAAUCAGUCAAAAUUAAUAUUGAACACAUUAAGACAUUUCAAUUCCAAUUAAAAACCGUGAAAAACAAAGGAUGAAACCUGAUAUGGUAUAAGAUAUUGAUAUUUUUAUUGUUCACUUAAUGUGCAUCAAUGUAUACAAUGACGAGGAUUUGGUUGUCAAUCACACCGCGUCGUUUUGGAACACGUGGACCAGAUUUAAUUUUUGGGAAAAUUAAAGACCUCAAUUGACGUAUUUUUACAUCCGUUACAAAUAUAAUAUAUAAAUCAAGGUCAAAUCCAAAAAAAACGAGAAAAAUGUUUUUAUUUUAAUUAUUAUUAUUAUUAUCAUUAUUAUUAUUAAUAUUAUUGUGUUGUAUACUUGUAUACAAUAUUAUUAUAUAAAGAGGAUCUUAAAAUAUAAAAUGUCGUGUACCCAACUGACGGCCAUUUAACACCUGUUGGUCAUAAGGACAAUGCCCACCUACACUCGUUCUACUUAUAUGCGUAGUAAUAAUCGCAUCAGUUAUUCUAUUUUAUAAAUGUCAUUUUUUUUUUUUUUUUUUUUUUGUUACUUUGAAUGUUAUCAAUAAUUUAGUUUAACUAUAAAAUUCCCCCACAAAUAUUGUUUUAUUCACGUUUCUUACUAAGGUUUUUGUUUUCGUUUUAUAGAUCUUAUUUUCAAACAAUUAAAUAUAGAUAUAUUAUAAUGCAUGUAGAAACUCGA